GGCACAACAAGAAGGGAGAACCACUGCGAAAAGUUUUUGUUCUCGUAAAUUGAGGUGGAGUCGUCUGGCUGGUUGGCUGAUUUGACACAGCAAUUUUAUUACCAAUCCUGCUAGCGUUCGAAUCGGUAGUGUUUCCUUGUGCGGGCUGGGUAUUUUGGUUCCCAGGGGUGAACUGAAUACCAAUAGGAAGUUAACAGUCAGAACACUAUGAAUUAGAGCUGUUUACAACGAGCGUACUCGUGCGUGAUACGAAAGUGAAAAGUUCUUGGAAUAAUAAGUUGAAGUGUCAGAAGCAAAACCUAACUAGUGGCCUGAAUUCUAAAGAAAGCCAAGUGCAAGUGGUCAAGUUUUGUGAGUUAAGAAAAGCAUAAAGAUCUAAAGUGCAGUUGUGUUGAAUAGUGCCAAAAACAAAACAACAGUGUUUAAAACUGUGAAGUGAAGUAAGUAGCAGAGAACAUCUAAUCAGCUCGAAAAUGGAAGAAGACAACAAAAAGCCCUACAAGAUUAAAGACAUCACACGAGCCAUCAAAAAGGCCGUCGUCGCUGGCUCGCUGGAUGAAGUGCGCUCCAAAGCAGCGGAGAAAUUCAACCGACCGGAACUGCCCAACAUUCACCUGGACUCAGACGGCACCGAGGUAGACGACGAGGACUACUUCCAAACGCUGGAACCCAACGCCGAACUGAUAGUCGUCUUCCCCGGUGAACAGUGGAUUGAUCCAACCCACUAUGUGACGAUAACGACCCACAAGGAAACCGGCGAUACUACCGACAGCCCCGAAGUGGAACGGAUACACCUGAAGAAGCUGGUCGCCCAGAUGAAGUCCAACCUGUGCAACGUGUCGGUCCUGAGCGAACCCGACCUGGAGCUGCUGUCCAACAUGGACCCCAACUCGGUGGCGGACAUCACCGGGCGGGACUUCAUCGAGCAGCUCAAGGAAGCAUCAGGCAGAAUCCUGCAUGAAAAGCGACAGGCUCUUGACGCAAUUGAGCUGCUAAAGUUGAUCGCCAAGCAGAAGGCCACCAUCCCGAGCAUCGUGCACAACAUCCCGGGGGGUGAGCCCAACGAGGACGAUGACGAAGACGGUGACGAUGACAAUUACGUGGAGGGUUGCAGCAGUAUGAGUAUCCUGGGAGGUGGCCAUCCACUUCCUCUCGCCCCGGACGAUGUCGAUGGUAGUAGCAGUAGUGCCAACCAAAGGAGGAGCAGCAGCAGUAGUAUCAGCAGUGGCAAGCAAAUCACCCUCGAACUGGAUCCCCGAACACUAGCCAACUUCCAUCACCAGUACCAGCAAGACCCUCCAAGUGCGGGCAGUGCUUCGGGAGGAACCCUGGUGCAUCCCCCGGUCAACCCCGCGGCCUCAACGGAUCUUGCGAAUGCUUCCCUGAACAGUGCUGCCAACCCUGGCGAUACGUCGAAUAUUUGAUAUAUGGUUUACCAGAUCAACUUUUGCCACAAGUAAGUUUCGAUUCAAAGUUGCUCAAUUUUUUUACACGAAAUCAAAGAACAAUCCACGUAACCAAUAAGCCGUAUAUCUAAUAAGUAGCUAAUAAGCCUUUGAGUACCGUAAACCGAGGGUAAAAUGAGCACUGUUUUACAACUUUUUAUAUUAUCAUAAGGAAUUCAAAUAUUGUCAACUCUAUUCUGACAAAACCAGUACUGUAUUAAUCUCUAUUAGUUACCGUAAUUAUUUUUUUAUGAAAUAGCAUAAAAUUAACUUGAAUAUUCCAAAUUAAAAAUGGCACACUGGGGUCGAAUUUAUCAUCUAAUAAAAACAGGUUUUAUAAUUAAAAAUUUCCUUAUCCUGAAUCUGAAAAUGACGAUAAAAUUCUUAAUAAAAUUACGAUAAAACUCUUAUUCCAAAAUUAAACUUUGUAAAUCAGCAGAUUACGCCUAGGUGAAUGUAGGACCCAAAAUAGGAAGGAAAUGAUAAUUGGUACCGACCUAAUUAAAUUCGCCCAGUGACCAAAUUGACCCCGGACUACGGUAGCUCUGUAUUAGCCUUAUAUAAAUAGGUGGCCCGAUAUAUGGCUUGUGGUUACCUGGAAAACGAACCACGUUGUACAAAUUGUUGUUGUUGGGGAGCAGUCGUUUUCCACGCACAGUGCAGGAACGAGCUCCACAUUUUUGCAGCCAAAAUGACGAGAAAACUCUAUGAUGUUGAUCGCAGUAAAUCAAAAGCAUUGUCAAAAUAUUACAAGCACGCAGUUGAAAAAAUAUACGUUGAAUGAUACUAAAAGUAGGAAGAGAAAACCAACAAACGUGAACACUGUGAACAAAAUCUCUGCCCAUACGGAUUGCCUUAAUUUAGUUGGUUAAAUACGAGAAUAAGGUUCGACACGACGUACACGAUUAUCAGUUUAUAGAAUACGGUAACGCUCGGAAGCAGCUCCCAUACUACGUGAUUUGCGAUUGAAUGCCACUGGACCUUGCAUGUUUUAUUACGAAGCUCUUUAUUCUAUUAGAAUAAUACAUAAUACAUAAUAUAAUAUACAAGUUUAAA